AUGCUCCAAAGUUGCUGGGAGCAAAUUCCAGGUUACGACUCCGAUGGGGAGGGCAGUGAGAGUGGCGAGCAGACAGCUGACUCGGAUGAGGAGGCGCCGUCGGAGGGCCGAUCACCCAGUACCGAGCAGCUGCUGCUCAUCGUGAAGACGGCUUUGGGCGAAAGGUGGGCAGAGGUUCCCUUCAUAGACCUCGCGCCGGUCCAGCCAGGGUCCAAAUUCUGCUCGAUAGCGCGGUAUAUGGCGGAUGGGCGUGGCUUGCCCCCGGCUUUCCGCAUUGACCGCAUUCAUGCUCCGCUGGUGCGAGAUACGUUUCUCUACAACGGUUUCCGGCCGACCAAAGGGGAGGACUGGCUCAUUAGCUGGACCGGACCCCGGAUGCGCGAGAACGUGCACAAGUUGAUGCACGAGUAUCAGCGGGUAAAUCAUUUCCCUCAAUCAACGGAGCUGACGAGGAAGGAUCGGCUCUGGGACAACUUUCAGCGAAUGUCGAAGAUGAUGGGAGGCGGCGCCUCCUUUGACUUCGUCCCCGAGACGUUUGUUCUGCCGCAGCAGUUGCGGGCCUUCAAACAGCGCUAUCUGAAGACCCGCGGCGAGCAGCUGUGGAUUGUCAAGCCCUCGGCCUCAUCGCAAGGAAGGGGAAUCUUCCUCCUCCGAAACCUCGUCGAACUUCCAACAAAAGAGUCGGUCGUGGUGUCCAGGUACGUCGAGAAGCCGUUGUUGAUCCAAGGUCUCAAGUUCGACCUGCGCAUCUACGUGCUCGUGACCUCCUUCAGCCCACUUCGGGCCUACAUCUACCGGGAAGGCCAGUUCGAGGUUUAUACUAAAUUAGGCUUCUACUCUUGA